UUACAAUGUUCACGCACCGGUGGUUUCUGUAAUUGUUUUUUUCUAUAGCAGCGGCAAGUCAGGAAAAUUGUAUUUCUGGAUCCAUAACCUCUGCGGAUUUGGCUCUAGUUCAUUUUGCAGCACCGAUUUUUUUUUUUUUUUUUUAUUAAUGAACUUUAUCUGCUGUAUUUGUAAUGGGUACCCAAAUAUCGUGCGUUGAAAACAUUAAAAGUUUCAGUUACCCUUUUCCAAACUGUUCUACAUGCCGUUAAAAAAUAUUGCAAAUUCAUUGAACUACUUUUACAUGAAAUUCAAAUUUUUGUUUAAAAAUUUACAGAUGUGGGUGCAGAUAAUUUUGUAUUUAAUUCUCCGUAUUUCCCAUUUGUUAUAGCAGGAAUUGCAGUGAAGAUACCGCUGCCAUGAGCGUUUCCCCUCCCAUCCUUCGUAUCCACUUGAUCUUUUGACCUGUCACCCUCAAGUACAUUUACCGGCAUUCAGACAGCCUAACCACCCACUCUUUAAUUUGUCUUUUGCUUUGUAUUCACGCUCGAGGGGCUCUGAAUGGGAGGCCCUUUGUGUCUGCGCACUGGAUGUAAUGCAUGGGAAAUGGUGGAUGGAGCUGGCGCGAUUGGCCACACGCCGCCAUGGAGAGAGGAAGGCACCCAUCUGGAAAUGGCUGCUGUGAAGAUGUGGCUGCUCGGUGUUUAUUAUGUAUCCCUUCAGCCACCGGUGGCCGACAGGUUAUUGAUUAAACACAAAUUGGACACAGAAACCAAUUAUUGCAUUGUGUUGCAGUGUGGUUUGAUCCAACGCUUUGUAUUGAGUGUGGGGCCUGUAAUGGCUUAGGACAGGAGAAGAAGAGCUGGAGAGAGGAGGACAAAGAAUGAAAGGAGUGUAUGUAUGAAAGCAUGUUAUAUGUGUACACAAACAUUUUUCAGCUAUUAUUAAUUUUACAAUCUGCUUUUUCGCCCCACUACAGCAACAUGGCUCUAGGGAUGGCAAUCUCUGUCUGCUUGUUGCUCCUGACUGAAUAUCUAAUGACAUCCAGGAGAUCCAUUCGUGAUCUUAGAGGAUGAGUUAUGCGGACUUUGCUGAUCCUCUGAUCCUCUUAGUGUGGUGAUGUUAGCAUUUAGCUCAAAGCACAGCUAUGUUUUAUUAGCACUUAAGCGUGUACUCCUGGUUAGAAUCCCUUCAGUGUUCAUUAUUCAGGAGGUUUAUACCAGGAGCUGCACCAAGACAAACAGAUCAUGUGAUUGAUUGAUAGAUAGAUAGAUAGAUAGAUAGAUAGACAAAAGUUGCAUGUGAUUAAAACCAGUAACAACACUGAAGUAGUUUAAUGUUCUAAAUCAGCGUUCCUCCUAUACGCUUUUCAGCUUGUCCCAGAUGGGCUACUAGCCAAGCACCUUGCAAUGUCUGCUCGCCUUUUCUCUGAUAACUUUAGAUCUAAACGUUCAGAAAGUGUUUACCAGGAGUCGAAAUAUCCGCAGAGGCCUCUUGCUCUUUGAAAUAAAUGGAUCUGGUAAUUGAAACUUGUAAAAACACUGAAUAAAUCUGUGUUUCUCCUACACACUAGCCCAGCACUGCAAAUGCCUACUCACCUUCUAACCCAACACUGCAAAUGUCUACUAACCUUUUCCCUCUGUUAACUUAAGAUCUAGAUGUUCUGCAGGUUUUAACCACGAGCUGAGGUAUCCACAGAGGUCUCCUGCUUUGCAAAACAAAAGCACCCGGUGAUUUAAGCUGGUAAAAACCCUGAACAGUUUCAUGUUAAAAAUCUGUGCUUCUCCUAUGCACUAACCCAGCACUGCAAAUGUCUACUCACCUUUUUCCUGUGAUAACUUAGGACCCAGGAGGAUUUUACGAGGAGCCGAGUUAUCCACAGAGGUCCCCUUCUUUGCAAAACAAACGGACCCGGUGAUUUUAGCUCGUAGAAAAACUGACUAAAGCAUUUCCACGGUAAACAUCUGCGUUUUUCUGACGCUGCUCGCGUCAUCGCUGGAUCGCUGGGUGCUGCUAACUACGGUGGCCCUAUUCUAGAGCUAGUAUUCGGUUACAACAUGGCAAACUCUGUGGACGAGGGCCUGCUCCCCACGUGUAGAUAUUAAUGGCUCAUUCUAUGGUAAGAAAAAAAUGACAAUUGUUAAAGUUAUACUCUAAAGAAAACAUACCUUUAUAAUAUAUUCCAUUUCUGCCAAAAUAUCCCUUUAAUUCCUGUAAGCUGGACCUUUAAUGUUAAACGUGUUUUACUUAAGAUGAUAGGCUUGUUGCAACUAAGCUAAUGUUAAUGUAGGAAGGUAAGAAGACUGUAUUCUGGAAAUAGCUAGCUGUAGACUUUUAAGUCCUGUUUUAAUAAUAAUAACUUUAGAUUGAAGUCUCUGGAUCCCUCUCUUUUCUGGCCAUGCUAACUUUCCAUCUGCAUGUUUCUGCAUGAUCUCUCCUCCUGCCUAACCCUCCAUUAUCUCCUGAUCUUCUGCUCAUUAUUCCCCCCCCCCAACAGAAACAAUCUAUGCUCCUUGCUAUCACCCUGUCUGCUUGGCUGCUGCAGUGCCCAGGCUCACCGACAGAGGGGGACAAACACAAGGCUGUCCGGAUGGAGAGUUGGUGUAACACUGUCUUAAGCCUGAGGGGGGCAGAAUGCCGGAGCAGAGCAACGACUAUCGUGUGGUGGUGUUUGGGGCAGGGGGAGUGGGUAAAAGCUCCCUGGUCCUGCGCUUCGUGAAGGGCACCUUCAGGGACACCUACAUCCCCACUGUUGAGGACACUUACCGCCAGGUGAUCAGCUGCGAUAAGAGCGUGUGCACCCUACAGAUCACCGACACCACAGGGAGCCACCAGUUCCCUGCCAUGCAGCGUCUGUCCAUCUCUAAAGGCCACGCCUUCAUCCUGGUCUACUCCAUCACGAGCAAACAGUCCCUGGAGGAGCUCAAACCCAUUUACCAACAGGUCUUGGCCAUAAAGGGCAACGUUGAGGCCAUCCCCAUCAUGCUUGUGGGCAACAAGAGCGAUGAGACCCAGCGGGAGGUGGAGACCAAGGACGGGGAGGCCCAGGCCAACCAGUGGAAGUGCGCCUUCAUGGAGACGUCAGCCAAGACCAACCACAAUGUUACUGAGCUCUUCCAGGAGCUCCUCAACCUGGACAAGAAGAGGAACAUGAGCCUCAACAUUGACGGCAAGCGCUCGGGGAAGCAGUCCCGCGCCGAGAGACUGAAGGGCAAAUGCAGCGUGAUGUAAAUCCCGGAGAGGAGGAGAGUGGAGGUGGAGGUUGAAAGAGGCAGGGGAGGGGGGGAGGAAUUCAGAGAAAAGGAGGAAAAGAAGGAAGACAGAGGAACGAGAGGAGGGACUUAACGUAUCACUGAGAGCAAAACGUCUGGAAGGCAACGGGAAUCUCAUCAUCCGCAUCCUCCUCUGUUUGACUGGUGCAUUCACAAACACAGUUAUUUUGAAAACAUACAGGAUUUCAGUUUUGGAGCUUUACACCCAUGUGCAUUCUGCUAAAAGGAGGGAUGAGGGAGGAUGACGCAGAAUAUCGAGAGGCAAAUUGAAAACAAGAAGUGUGUGCCACAGAUUAAUUACCUGUGGACGACAGCCAUAGCCGGAAACAGCGUGGGUGUGGACUUUUACAUCAUUAAAGUGCCACAAAUUUUGGCUGAGGAGCUGAUGGAGACGUUGGACUGCAAUAAAAACCACAGACUGCAGCACCCCUUUGAAAAAAAGACUGAAGGUUUCUGAUCCAUUUAGUGUCCUCUCUCAGUUCUGCAUCCAACCCCUCCCUCCCUCCCUGCUCAGCUCACACCCCUCGUCAUCCCAGCACCCUCAUCCUUUACAUACCCCCCUUACUAUAACAAAUAUAGAGUAAUGUAAAUGUAACAGAGUUGACAACAUUACUUAAGCUCACUCAUCUGGUUAGAAACACUAUUUUAACAGACUGAGGUGUCCGUCAUGCUAGAAAGCGCAGCAACCAAAGGUUUAAGACUGCGAGCGUGAACGACAUUACAGCAGCAGAACAUGCGAACCAGCUACGUCCCAGAGCCACACCUGAGGACUCUGAUGUAUAUAAACAUGGGGUAUUUAAAUAUAUUCCAUCUAGUCUCCACAUGCCCCACCAAAAUCAGCCACAGGAAAGAGGUCUUCUCAUUUUAAACACGCCCCCUUAAAGAUAAAAAGACCCUACUUUACCUUUAUCAAGCUGUCAUUAUGUUUAAAAACUCAUCAUAAAUGUCCUCAUCUGAAGUGGAGAAGCAUCCAACGGCAGGUUAUGCACACACGCUACUGAUACGACGCAACAAUCCUUUUAAGACUCUCAUCUAGUGUAGAAUAGCUCUGGAUGAAAAGAAGCUGGACUCUCAUCAAACGCGGGAAACAGAAAUACAAGUCUGCCUUGUUUACGAGGAUGAUACACUCAGAUAAUCAUUGCCAAGCCGGUAAGACGAAAGGGAUGAUUUUGGGUUCCGAAGUCAAGAAUGUCAGUUUGCUUUGGCACUUUUCACGUGAAGGUUUCUCUUCUUUUGCCUUUUAUUUCUUGUUUUUUUUUUAUUAUUUUUUUGCUUUACGAUGCUCUUUAAAGUCAUGUAAGAGUCAGAAAAAUGCCCUCCUUCAACAAAAAGCACACAGAGGGGAAAUUCUAAAUAAAUAAGGGAUGGAUGUAAAAUUGCUCCCGUGCAGAUUUUUCAGUGCGACCUGAAUCACUUAAUUCUGUUUCCUCUUUGUUGGUUGGUUUGGUCGUGUCACCUCUCAUAUGCUCAUGCAGGCAUUGGUAAACAGGAAACAGAAUGGGUCACACAUACACACACACAGCAUGUGCACAGAUGCAUUCAUGCAAGUAAGAAAAAGAAUCUGAGUAACACCGUUGACUGAUUACAUGAAGACAAACAGGGCUCACUCACCCUUAAUGCCCUCACAUUGCACUUUAUAUCAUAAACACACAGCCACAUGCACACACACAGAUGUAAUUUGUCAUGUUUUUGCUUAUGUUAUAUAUUAAUAAUCUCCGCUUAAUAUCCUCCUGGAGCAAUAGCUCUGCUGUAUGUCCAAUGUACAUGUAUACACCCUUUUUUUCCACACAGGAGCUCUGAAUAUUGUACACAGUGUACACAGGACAGCCAAAAGCACAAUACUUUUUUACCAACAUAUCUAUUUGUACAUUUAUUUGUUUAUUUUUUAUAUGUUUUUCUUCCUUUUUUUGUCUCCUUUGUGCAAUUCUCAUCAUUAACAUUUAUUCACCAGUCCUGAACGUGGAGGAACAAUCGCAUCAUGAUCACUGGUAGCUUCUCCGUCUCGAUGUAAAGUGUUUUAUUUGUCCCGUACAUGGCACAAUGAGGUUGUGGUUCUGCUGAACAACAGGGUAAAUCGUGAUGUGACAGGUUAGCUGUGGAGUGCGAGAAAUGGGACAUAACCCCACAGGAUUGCAGGUCAUAUAGGACGCAGAGGAGGGUCAGAUUAUUUGUGUACUUUUCUCCAUCUCUCAGGCGGUUUUAACAACAAUUUGGGUGGAGGAUAAUCUGCUCCUGUACUGUUAAACCCAAAGAACACAGAUGAUUCCCCUUUUAACUGUGUGUCCAUCUCUCUGGAAAAAAAAAAAAAGAAAAGCACAGCAACUGUUUCCGUCUGUCUCCUUCUCUGUCUUUAUGUGUGCAGCAGAAUCAACAACUGGGCACUUUAGGGUGACAUUUUACUUGAAGACUUGCUUAUUAAUCAGCGAUGCCUCAUUUAUAAGCACCAUGUAAAAUGUCCCUCCUGCAUUACUCACGCCCACAGGCCCACGUGAAAACUAUUUCAAACGUGUAGUUAUUGUAAAUAAAGCAUACGGUAGUUGAAUGAAAUGUUUAUAAGAGCUUCAAGUAAGAUGUUACCCAUGUAAAGAAAAUCUGUACCCACUGUCUUUCUGGGAAUAAGUCCUUUGUAACCAGGAAAUGUUGUUACAGUAGGAGGUUCGAUGUUGCUAUGUACUGUAAUAUACAGCUUACUAAUGAUGCUCAUGAUAUAUUGUAUUUGACACAUCCACUCUUCAGAUCUAUCAAUCAGAUAAUACUAGCAAAAUGUGAAUAUGUAACUAAAGGUUCAACUCCAUGGCUUUUUUAAAAUUUUAUUUUGAAAGCUGAAUGAAUCCGUUGUUAUCGAUGUGUUGUACUUUGCACUAAUGUGAGGUCCUGUUAAACUCAAAAGUUUGCAUUGUAAAAAUGUACCCUUUACCCGUUAGAUGCCAGGGAUGCUCACUAGUACUCUUUCUCCUUCUUCUUCUUCUUCUUCUUCUUCUUCUUCUUCUUCUUUUUUUCCAUCAUUUAAAGAAACAAGUUGUGUUUGAAAUUGUUUGUCUUGGUUUGUUUUAGAUGCCAGAAGGAUGGAGUGAUUUAUGUCAUUUGUGUCCAUUUAAAGACAUGGAUGGAUUACUGAAUGGACCUACCGGCCACAGGCUCCCAGGCCCCCCUCCCCCCUGGCUUUCAGCUUAAAAAUGCGUCUUAAAUUAACAGGUACCGACCACAAAGACACUCAAAACAACCCCAAAGAGACACAAUGACAACAAAAAGAGACAAACUGACUGCAGAGAGAUGAUAAAUGGCUGCUAACUACAAAAAGGGGCGAUGCAAACUAGAAAGGGAUCCAAAUGAUGACAAACAGACUUAAACUGACUACAAAGAGGCAAAAUGCAACUACAAAGAGACUUAAACUGACUACAAGGAGGCAAAAAGCAACUGCAAAGAGACUCAAAUUUGCUACAAAGAGACACAAAAUGACCACAAGUAGAAACAACAUCAACACAAGGGCAUGAAAAGCAACUACAAAGAGACUUAAACCGACUUCAAAGAGGCAAAAGGCAACUACAAAGAUACUUAAACUCACUACAAAGAGACAAACAACAACUACAAAGAGACUCAAAGUGAAUAGAAAGAGAUACAAAAUGACCACAAGUAGACGCAGCAUGAACACAAUGGCAUGAAAAGCAACUGAAUACCUAGAGGAUAUAGGCAACUACAUAGAGACUUAAACUGACUACAAAGAGGCAAAAGGCAACUACAAAGAGACUCAAAGUGACUACAGAGACAAAAAGCAUCUACAAAGAGAUUCAAACUGACUACCAAGAGGCAAAAGGUAACUACAAAGAGACUCAAACUGACUACAAAGCGACAAAAGGCAACUACAAAGACUCAAACUGACUACAAAGAGACAAAAAGCAGCUACAAAGACUCAAAAUUAACACACAGAAAUUCAUAGCAACUAUAAAUACACCCAAAACAACUACCAAAAGAUGAAAA